AUGUCGGCAGAACAAGUCUCAUCCGUGGCUGGCGGAGGCAUGACGGGUUCCGACCUGGGAACUAUGACUGGAGCACUCCAAGGCAGCAUCAACAAUCUAGUGAACCUAGGGACCAAUUACCUGGACCGCUUCUUCCCGCCGGAGAAGCGUGAGCGGUGGAAAACCUGGUUGACGGAGUUCGCCACGCAGAGACCGUACGUGGCGUCCUUUCUGCUCUCGCAGAUCGCGUUGAGUGGACUUCCUCUUGUCCUAUUCGGCGUGAUGUCAAUUACCGUACUGAUUUUUGCGUUCCUCGCCGGUAUCUUGGUCGGAGUUGUUGGAGCAUUACUCUUUGUUGUCGUGGUACUGGGGUUCGCUUUGAUCAUAUUUCUUCCCACAUUAUUCUUCACUACCUCUGCUGCAGUGUUCAUCUGGCUAUGGGGCGUCGGCACGUAUUUCAUCAUCAAAUGGUUCAAUCAGAAGGAGGUGCCAGGUAUUCAUUCAGAUGUUGCAAGCGGCCUGGCCAAGUUCAGUGGACCGAGUGAUUUAUCUGGCAUCAAUGGGAAUCCGCUGGGGGCGGAGGGCGAGAGUGCAGACCCCCCAGUUCCGACACAACAUGAGAAAACGCCCUCGAAGAGCGGCGAAAAGGGCUCGACGAACAGUGCUCAGCACCGUGCAGAGGGGAAAGAGAAUCAGGCACACCAGAGGAAGCAUGCUGCGAAUCGACCCUCAUCUGUUGGUGCCACGUCUAAAGUCACCGGGCCAGUUGAUGGAGUUCCAAAAUCGGUCGGAGAUACCGGGAAGGCAGUGGGCAUAUGA